AUGUCUGUUUCUUCUCAUCCCAUUGGUCAAUCUGCUGGCAAUUCUGGAAACAAAGAUGACAUGAAGAUAUCUAAAACUGCAAAUAUUUCAGUGGAGACUCCAAAGAUUGUGACAUCACUAGGACCUGUUGGGGCGACUACCAUAAUGCCAGCAGCGGUUCCACAGGCUAGAAAAGCAUCUCUGGCUCGGUUUCUUGAGAAGCGGAAGGAAAGGGUGAUGAACGCUGCACCAUAUGGCCUCAGCAAGAAAUCGGGUGAGUGCUCCACCCCAGAGUCUAUCGGAGUUGGUUUCUCUGCAACUUCCAGUGUUGGUACUAGUCCUCUGAUAGCCGGUAAGGAGACCUAGCUAAGAUGUCUGAAGGCAGCCUAUUGCCAUAAACCAGUGAAGCAUAAUCUAUUUUAUUAAGUAAGUUAAAAGCUGUAGCUAUCAAGUUUUGCUGUUUUAAUUGUAAUAUCAACUUGGUUAGCUUUAGCCAGACUUCCUAGUAUCCAAUUUGUUUGGUCUUUUGCUGUACUUAAUUCUCUUUCAUCUGAACCUGAUGGAGUUCUCCCAUCGAAAUGACUUCAACACUUUGUAACUAUUUAUUCCGUUACAUUAUGUUUCACAAGUAUAUAUAUUAAUAUUAUUUAGUAA